AUGGGUAACUCAAAAAGCGGCGCUGUGUCCAAGGAAAUCCUGGAGGACCUGAAACUCCACACCAAGUUCACAGAGAGUGAGAUUGUUCAAUGGUAUGAAAACUUCAAGAAGCAGUGUCCAGAAGGGCGCAUCUCAAAAGAGGAAUUCCAGACCAUCUACAGCAGGUUCUUCCCGGAAAGUGACGCCCAGACAUACGCCCAACAUGUCUUCCGCUCCUUUGACACAAACGCGGAUGGAACACUGGACUUCAAGGAGUACAUCAUCGCUCUCCACAUGACAUCAACAGGGAAAACCACCAGCAAACUGGAAUGGGCCUUCUCGCUGUUCGACGUGGACAAGAACGGAUACAUCACAAAGUCAGAGGUCAAGGAAAUCUGUACGGCAAUUUUCAAGCUGAUUCCUAAAGAUGAGCUGGCUGCUCUGGCUGAGGAUGAAAACACAGCUGAGAAGAGGGCAAAUAAACUCUGGAAAGUCUUUGAGAAAGGCGAUAAUGAUCGAGUUGCAGAAGGAGAGUUUAUUCGGGGAGUGUUGGACAAUGAAGAUGCCCUCCGUUUGAUUCAGUAUACGCCUGCAAAGUAACUCUUCUACAGAUUCAUUGUAUCUCUCUCCAGUCGUGUCCUUUCCAAUUCACCCUUCACUCUGCUAAUACAAUCACACCUAACAGCACCUUCACAAC